GUUUCACUUGACCAACUUACAAUAUUUACAUUUAAACAUUAACAAGGAAGUGAGCAAGGUCAUCUUGGAUAAAAAAAAUCAAAACUGGGAAACGAGUAUGGAGUAAGGUCGGAUGAAUCAUUUUUCUAAGAAGUAUACAGAUAAUUUGUUGAACCCACCUCAUGAGAAAAUGGGAAACACAAGUAAAAUACAACCCGGAGAGACAUGAUAUACUUAACAUAUAAAAUCUGACUCUGAGGACAACACACAAAAGGAGAUUCACUAAUUUGAAUAAGUGUGGACACUUUUAUAACACUAGCAGAUCUUUGGAUAAUGUGUAAAAUAACGUCAUGUUGUUGCUGCAAACUGCCAGUUGCAGUCAUAGUUCAGUCGGCCAUCCUACUGGCACUCUCUGUGGGCGGAAUGGCCUUGAGUGGCUCUUUGGCGGGGUCACUUUCGCCAUCCAUGGAAUCUAACUCGGGUUCUAAUCAAACAGAGUCCAUUGAUGCAUCAACAAAUGCAACGUUAACUCCAUUUUAUGCUGUGUCCGUAAUGGUAUGCCUCGUAUAUGCAUUACUUGGCAUAUUCUCUCUACUUGGCAUCCUAGCCACAAUCAAGCGAAUAACAUGGCUGCUGCAGGCGUACUACGUGAUGCUCGUAUUACAAGCAAUAUUCUUCUCUGUCGCUGGUGUCAUUGUCGGUCUCUUGACAUUUCUCCUCUGGUUCCUGCUAAUAUUUAUACCAGGAGUAGCGGGAUUCUUUGUGCCACUGGUGCUUAUAAAUAUUAUAACAUUUUGUAUUGUGAUACCAGCUGCUGUCUGUGUUACUAGCUACAGGUCUUUUCUUUUCGAUGGGGCAGAGCCCAAACCCUCCCAAACUAUUAUAAUGGCUACAUAUCCCGACCCGGAAUACAAUAUUGCAGUACCUACAGAGAAGUAUCCAACAAUAACAACUACUGCAGUGGAAUAUCAAGAAGCUACUAGCCAGGGAAUGCAGCAUUUAUCCUCCAACGAGAGGAUGGAGCAACCAGUAAGCCCGGAUCAUCAAUAUAAUUAUCCUUCGUUUACUGGCCCCCCGGUACCAACACAGCCACGGGGGCCACCAACUGUUGAACAGACUUCACAUAAUGACAGCCCAACACCUGAGCAACAGCAGAAUAGCCAAGGCUAUGUUGGAACACGAGAGGAUUAUUUGACAAUGGGGACUCAGCAAGAACAUUUGGUGAUAAUACCUAAUCAAUCUGCGCCAUACUACAAUAUUGAGGAACCACAUCGACCCCUUAAUGGGACAAAUAAUAUUGAAUCAACUUCUCAAGAUUCUAGUGAUGUUUACCUUGAACCUCAAGAACAUUACGAGCAACUAAGUGCAGCUAAAGCCGGAGAUGUGUAUGAAACUCUACCAUAGACUAUGAACAAUUGGAAUCAAGCUAGGAUGAAGAACUUCUUCAUCUUAUGAACCAAUGUUCCAAGAAUGACAUCAAUAGUGAUAGUGGUUUAGCUAUAACGUUUGAGAUAUUAUGGGCUAUGGGAGGAUAUGAAUCUCUACCAAAGCUACGAAUGGCAAAGGUCUCCCUGUUUCUUUUUUCAACUGUGACCAUAUUUCAGGGUAGCGUGUAAUUUUAGAAUCUUCGCCAGGGCGCAGCACCAGGUUGCCCAAAUAGUCGAAUAUUACGUUUACAUUUACGUUUGUAUCCAUGAUCAAGGAAGCGUAGUUCUCUCAAUUUCAAGUUAAAGAACCGGUAUCUUUAGCCAGUGCUUCUAGAGGUAGACUGUUUCAGACAGUUAACUCUUCCGAGUUCUCGGAGUCAUUGUAACCACAAUUUUUUUAAUUUUAAGUGCCAGAUUUCCUCGUUAAAAAUUGAUUGAUCAUAUCAUUGUAUAUAUCCAAAUAUUUUUUGCAAUCCUACUGCUAGUGAUAUGAUUAUGUUUCAAUGUUAACUUCUGCCCAACCAGUUAAAUGGAAAGGUUAAAAUGUAAUGAUAAACAAAUGCAAUAUUUCAUUAUUUGUGUAUUUUACAAGGAUUAAUCUUUUGGAAAAAACAAGGGAACCUAUAUAGACCCUUGCUGAAGUACCCAAUGAUCUCAGACACACUCCAAUUGAUUGACGCCCAGCAAAUGUAAAAAAUAUUAAUACAGGGCGUUCAAUAAGUACUGA